UUCAAAACGGGCCACUGAUUGAUUCGUUUGUGAGUUAGAGGUUAUAUUUGAGUGAGGCAGCAAGUUUCUCAUUCAUAACCUUAAUUCUCAUCUCUUUGUGAGUUUGGGUAUUUGAAGAGAAGAAUAUUAAGAGGUAUUGUUGGGGAGAGCAUAAUAUCCCACAAAUUAGAAUGCCAAUCCUCAAUCAAUUUCUUCGUUCCACUCUAAAGUCUGAGUUUGGUACCUUUACAAAAGUGGCCACGUCUUCUAGAAGAGCUUCACGGGACCAUGUCUUCCUGGCUCCUUUCUUGUCCCACUUACACAGUACAGAGGCCUUAGCACAAGAAGAGGUGAAGGGACAUGAUAUGCUUGCACCUUUUACUUCAGGAUGGGAGAGCGCCAAUGUGAAUCCCGUAAUCAUAAAAAGAUCUGAGGGUUCAUAUGUAUAUGACAAUUAUGGAAGGAAGCAUCUUGAUGCUCUUGCUGGUCUAUGGUGCACAUCCUUAGGGGGAAGUGAACCACGUCUUGUGGAAGCAGCAACUGCACAACUAAAUACCUUGCCAUUUUAUCACUCCUUUUGGAAUCAUACUACCCAACCUUCUUUGGAUCUGGCAAAGGAACUACUUGAAAUGUUCACAGCUAGAAAAAUGGGGAAAGUAUUUUUUACAAGUAGUGGUUCAGAAGCCAAUGACACUCAGGUGAAGCUGGUAUGGUACUAUAACAAUGCACUUGGAAGACCAAAUAAGAAAAAAUUCAUUUCUCGCUCAAAAGGGUAUCAUGGCACGACAUUCGUAUCAGCCAGUCUUUCAGGCCUUCCACCUAUGCACCGGAACUUUGACAUGCCAGCUCCAUUUGUUCUACACACUGAUUGUCCACAUUACUGGCGUUACCAUCUUCCAGGUGAGACAGAGGAAGAGUUUUCAACCAGAUUAGCCAAAAACUUGGAAGACCUUAUACUCAAGGAGGGACCAGAGACAAUUGCUGCAUUCAUUGCUGAACCAAUCAUGGGAGCAGGUGGUGCAAUUAUUCCACCUGCUACUUAUUUUGAAAAGAUCCAAGCCGUGCUCAAGAAGUAUGAUAUACUUUUUAUUGCUGAUGAGGUAAUAUGUGCCUUUGGAAGAGUAGGGGCAAUGUUUGGAUGCGAUAAAUUCAAUAUUAAACCAGACCUUGUAUCUCUAGCUAAGGCACUUUCCUCGGCAUACAUGCCUAUUGGAGCUGUCAUGGUGAGCCCUGAAGUCUCUGAUGUGAUUCACUCUCAAAGCAGCAAGCUAGGUGCCUUUUCUCAUGGAUUUACUUAUUCUGGACACCCGGUUGCAUGUGCUGUUGCACUUGAAACACUCAAGAUCUACCAGGAAAGGAAUAUUGUGGAGCAAGUAAAUAGAAUCUCCCCAAGAUUUCAAGAUGGUAUAAAAGCUUUCUCUGAUAGCCCUAUCGUUGGAGAGAUUCGGGGGAUUGGCUUGGUGUCCGCCUUAGAUUUUGCAGAAAAUAAAUCACCAAAUGAUCCCUUCCCUCCUGAAUGGGGACUUGGUAAAUAUUUUGGAGAUGAAUGUCGAAAAAAUGGUUUAAUAGUACGAGCUGGAGGGGAUAAUAUAACGAUGGCUCCACCACUUACAAUUUCUCCUCAAGAAGUUGAUGAGAUAAUCAGCAAAUAUGGGAAAGCACUGAAGGCUACAGAAGAGAGAGUGAAGCAAUUGAAGGCUCAGAAGUAGCUUCCAAUAGUUACAAGACAACCAACGGCUUGAAGGUACUGGUCAAUAGUUGGAUCAGCUUGUGUCUUAAAGAAAAAGGUCUUGGAUGUUGUUAAGAAAUGUCACUCAAACAAUACUAGAUUUUUAAGAUGAACUAUGGUAUUGUGAAUAAAAGCAGCUUGAUAUGAAUAAAAGCAACCUUUAUUGAAUACUUAGCAGACAUGGAAAAAUAAGAAAUGAAAGGCUUGUAAAAGAGCAAAUUAUCUUACAAAAUGUUUAAAGAAAAUCAGAGAUGAAACUAUCAUAUUUUAGCUUCCUUUUCAGUCUUCCUUGCUCGCCUUUCUGAUCCUCAGAUUCAUCCAAAUCUCUGGAUGAUUUCUUUACAUUCCCUCAAUUUCAAAGGUAUGAAACAUGAAAAGAGGGAAGAGAUUAAAGAAAGGUGUACCUG